AGUAAAAUAUUUUUAGCCAAGAAUCCAUUUGAUAUAUGGGAGACCUUAGAGAUGAGGAAAAACAUUGUUGGGUUUAGGCCUAGUUCUACCUCCGGUAGGGGUAUCUCAAAAACUAAAGCUCUUUCUGACCAUCUGUCACUAGCCUAAUUUGCAGGUCGUAUGUUUAGAACAGGAAAUCGCGUUGCCAGGACAACGUGACAUAUUCACUUACUGGCCUGGUUACGUUUAUGCUGUGACGCACUCGGAAGAUCAUGAACCGCGGGAAAGUUUUACACGUGAUCACAUCUACAGACAUUUUUGGCUGAAGCCGACAGUGGAUGCCAGCUCGGAAAAUCGAAUGGAAAUGAUCAUUAACAAUGACAACAAACAGGAAAGCCCCUGAAAGAGAUGCCCUUGAACAUGUGGUCAAGGCUAUUGACAAGACUGCACACUUGGAAGUGAAAUUCAUAAACUCUGUCAAAGGUCGAGGUGUGUUUGCCAAAUCCCACUUUGAAAAAGGAAACUUUGUGGUGGAGUACCGAGGCCAAUUAAUAAAAUCUGAAGAAUCUCAAAGGAGGAGGAGAGUAUAUCAUAGUCAAUGUGCAGUCUUCCUGUUCGAUUUCUACUGGCAAGAAAGAUUAUGGUGCAUUGAUGCAGCUCAAGAAGAUGGCAGCUUGGGAAGAUUAGUUAAUGAUGAGAACAUCCGUCCCAAUUGCAAAAUGAAAAAGCUCAUAGUAGAGGGGAAGCCACACCUCUGUCUUUUCGCCCUGAGGAACAUUAUUCCUGGAGAGGAGAUUACGUAUAAUUAUGGAGGAACUGACUGGCCAUGGAGGAAUAAGAUUGAAGAGGAACCAGUUGAGACAAUGUCUCCUGCAGUAGAGGCCCCUGAAACAUCUCCGCAGCUUUUAGAGGCCCCUGAAACAUCUCCGCAGCUUGCAGUGCUAUCAUCAGUGUCCGAGAAAAAGAUUGAAGAGGAACCAGUUGAGACCAUGUCUCCUGCAGUAGAGGCCCCUGAAACAUCUCCGCAGCUUUUAGAGGCCCCUGAAACCUCUCCGCAGCUUGCAGUGCUAUCAUCAGUGUCCGAGAAAAAGAUUAAAGAGGAACCAGUUGAGACCAUGUCUCCUGCAGUAGAGGCCCCUGAAACAUCUCAGCAGCUUGCAGUGCUAUCAUCAGUGUCCAAGAAAAAGAUUGGAAAGAAACGUCUUAUGACCAAAUCUGCCGCAGUAGAGGCCCCUAAAACAUCUCAGCCGCCUGCAGUGCUUUCGACAGUGUCCAAGAAAAAGAUUGGAAAGAAACGUCUUAUGACCAAAUCUGCCGCAGUAGAGGCCCCUAAAACAUCUCAGCCGCUUGCAGUGCUUUCGACAGUGUCCAAGAAAAAGAUUAAAGAGGAACCAGUUGAGACCAUGUCUCCUGCAGUAGAGGCCCCUGAAACAUCUCAGCAGCUUGCAGUGCUAUCAUCAGUGUCCAAGAAAAAGAUUGGAAAGAAACGUCUUAUGACCAAAUCUGCCGCAGUAGAGGCCCCUAAAACAUCUCAGCCGCCUGCAGUGCUUUCGACAGUGUCCAAGAAAAAGAUUGGAAAGAAACGUCUUAUGACCAAAUCUGCCGCAGUAGAGGCCCCUAAAACAUCUCAGCCGCUUGCAGUGCUUUCGACAGUGUCCAAGAAAAAGAUUGGAAAGAAACGUCUUAUGACCAAAUCUGCCGCAGUAGAGGCCCCUAAAACAUCUCAGCCGCUUGCAGUGCUUUCGACAGUGUCCAAGAAAAAGAUUGAAGAGGAACCAGUUGAGACCAUGUCUCCUGCAGUAGAGGCCCCUGAAACAUCUCCGCAGCUUUUAGAGGCCCCUGAAACCUCUCCGCAGCUUGCAGUGCUAUCAUCAGUGUCCGAGAAAAAGAUUAAAGAGGAACCAGUUGAGACCAUGUCUCCUGCAGUAGAGGCCCCUGAAACAUCUCAGCAGCUUGCAGUGCUAUCAUCAGUGUCCAAGAAAAAGAUUGGAAAGAAACGUCUUAUGACCAAAUCUGCCGCAGUAGAGGCCCCUAAAACAUCUCAGCCGCCUGCAGUGCUUUCGACAGUGUCCAAGAAAAAGAUUGGAAAGAAACGUCUUAUGACCAAAUCUGCCGCAGUAGAGGCCCCUAAAACAUCUCAGCCGCUUGCAGUGCUUUCGACAGUGUCCAAGAAAAAGAUUGAAGAGGAACCAGUUGAGACCAUGUCUCCUGCAGUAGAGGCCCCUGAAACAUCUCCGCAGCUUUUAGAGGCCCCUGAAACAUCUCCGCAGCUUGCAGUGCUAUCAUCAGUGUCCGAGAAAAAGAUUGGAAAGAAACGUCUUAUGACCAAAUCUGCCGCAGUAGAGGCCCCUAAAACAUCUCAGCCGCCUGCAGUGCUUUCGACAGUGUCCGAGAAAAAGAUCGAAGAGGAACCCGUUGUGACUAAUUCUACAGCAGUAGAGGCCCCUCAAACAUCCCAGCAGCCUGCAGUGCUUUCGUCAGUUUCCAAGAAAAAGAUUGGAGAGAAACGUACUGUGAUUGAGUCUGGACUAGCUGACCGUUAUGAAACACCUGAACACUGUGGUCUGCUUUCGCCCAAGAAAAAGAGAUGUAAUCUAAUUCAGGAGUCCUCAGACCAAGACCAACCUUAUGUCCCUAAACUGAGGAGGACCAAAAGCAUUCAGAUUAACAGACAAACCGAUUUUGAUUCCUAUGAGCUUUUUGAGACAUCAGAUGAAAGUGAAGAAGAAUAUGUUCCUGAUACAAGCGAGGAUUCAUCUGAUGAAACGGACACCAGUGAAGUUUUUGAAACAUCCAAUCAGAAGAAAAUUACAUUAAGGGGACGCUCACUCGUACGAAAGGGCAGUGCUUUGAAACGGAAAAGGCACCAUUCCAGAAGUGUAUCCUGUUGCCGAACACAUUCUUUUGGUGGACAGUCAUCAGAAACUUCAUACACUGAAGACCCUCAUGGAAGCUCGACACUGGUUUGUCCUGACAGUACUACUUCCCCCACUUCAGAUGUAGCUGACGACUUACUUACCGUACCUGCUGUCUGUAAAAAAGAGGAUGGAUCACGACAAUAUAACAAAAAACAGUACUGUUUAUACUGUAAAAAGGGAUUUAUAAAAAUGGCCAGGCAUUUAGAGCGUGCUCAUAAAAACGAGAAAGAAGUUGCACAGGCUGGGUCUUUUCCAAAAGGUUCUAAACAAAGAAGACUGCAUCUGGAACAUUUGAGAAAUCGAGGCAACUUCGCCCACAAUUCUGAGGUCUUAAAUACUGGUGUUGGAAAGCUUGUUCCUCGGAAACAACCAAAAGAUGAUUCUAAACCCAGAGAUUUUGAUCACUGUAUAUAUUGUCAAGGCUAUUUCACAAAGAAAGUUAUGUGGCGCCACAUGAUGAUAUGCAAGUUUAAGCCUAGUGGCCCUACGAAGCCUGGCAAAACACGGGUGCAAGCACUUUGUGCUUUUGCUGUACCACCACCACCUGGAGUCAAAGCAGAAUUCUGGAAGGUCCUAAACCAUAUGAUUCAAGAUGACGUUUACUUUGCAGUUAAAUCUGAUGUCUGGAUCAUGGAGUAUGGUGUGCAUUUGCAUAACAAGCAUGGAUAUGAUGUUGGCAAACAUGAAUAUAUCCGUCAGAAAAUGAGGGAACUGGGAAGGCUUUUGAUUUGUUCGAGGAAAACCACUCCCUUGAAGACCAUCGAAGAUCACAUGAAGCCUGAAAAUUUCAUGCAUGUUGUGCAAGCUGUGCAACUCGUGGCUGGCUUUGUCUCUGAAUCCAGCACCUACAAGCGUCCAAGUCUUGCACUAAAAAUUGGGCAUAGUCUGGUGAAGAUAUCGCUGCUUCUUGAAGCCCGUGCAAGUAUGCAAAACAACCAACCAGCAGCAAAAGAUGCUCGUAGGUUCCGCUCAGUGUACGAAGCCAGAUGGAACGAACUCAUUUCAGCUGCAUCACUGAGAACAAUGCAUGAAUCGAAAUGGAAUGUUCCUCAGUUGAUUCCGUUCACUAAGGAUGUUCAGAAACUCCACUCCUAUUUGGACAUGCAGCAGGAACAGUUUUACAACGAACUGUCCUCAGAGCCGUCUAAAAACACUUGGGUACAUCUGACUAAAAUCACUUUGACACAAGUCAUGAUGUUCAACCGACGUAGAACAGGAGAAGUUUCAAAAAUGCCCCUCUCUACCUAUUUUGCUCCAAAUCCAGUAGAUCUGCAGGAAGAUGUGGGUAUGGCGCUUUCAGAGCUAGAGAAAAAACUCUGUCAGCAUUUCAGGAGGUUGGAGAUACGAGGAAAAAGAGGAAGAAAGGUCCCUGUCCUCCUAACUCCAGAAAUGCAGAGAUCGUUGGACCUCCUUGUUGCCAAGCGACUUGAGUGUGGGAUUCUUAAGGAAAAUGGCUACCUAUUUGCCAGGCCGUCUGUAUUGACCUGCUACCGUGGUUCUGAUUGUAUCAGAGAUUUUGCCAAGGUCUGUGGUAUUGCAAACUACACAAGUCUCACUUCUACAAAACUGCGCAAGCAAACCGGAACACUCUCUCAAGUUCUCAACCUCAGUAAUACAGAGCUGGACCAAUUAGCCAAUUUCCUUGGCCAUGAUGUCAGAGUCCAUCGGCAAUUUUACAGGCUGCCUGAAGGGACCCUUCAACUUGCUAAAAUUAGCAAAGUCCUCUUGGCUCUUGAACAGGGGCGUUUGGCAGAAUUCAAAGGCAAAGGCCUGGAUGACAUCACAAUCGGUCCAGAAGAGAGUGUGAACCUUGACAGUGACCAUGAGGCACAGGAGAAUGUAGACAGUGACACUGAGGUACAGCGUGAGUCUGACACACAAGAAACCCAGUCUCAGAAGAGAGAGAGGAGUACAGAAGGGUUGAUGGAGAAAGAGGUCAAGGUUAAGUUGGAAAAGAUGAGUGAAGUAAUCUAUAACUAUGUCUUAGACAGGUUUGGAUGUGUGUGCCUUGAUCAAGAAUAGUUUUCUUCAUAUGUUUCCUUAAGAAAACUAGUUUUCUUUCCCUUUUGCUUGGAUGGGGGGUUUUGAACCUGGGUUGCCCGUUUGUGAGGCAAGUGCCUUGGCCAUUGUGCUACAGUGGAGUUGAAGAUCAGUGUAACUUAAGGUAAUAUGUGCAAUGUGAAUAGGUACACCCCAGACCAGUAGAGGGCAGCAAUGCAGAUUCUUGGUCAGUAGAAGCACAGCUGAAGAAGAGCAGACUAAGUUCCGUGGAGCUAGCGACAGUAAGCGACAGUACGCGACAAUAGCGGGCAAUAUGGCGGCGAAAAGCGUCAAAAUAAAGUACAAAAGCGGACACAGAGUGUUUUACGGCUAAAUGAACGGGAAAGCAGUUCAGAUGGAGACGACAGAAGAAAAAGUGUCCAGAAGAAAAAGUCCAAGACCAUUCACAAGCCACAGAAG